AUGAAGGUUAGGCUCUUCAAUACCAGAGCCGAGAAUCUAAUUUUGGCUUCCUCCCUAUCUUUUAGGUUACAAGAGGACAUCUCUAGUUCGACCGCAUGUUUUACCCUUCCCGCGCGGACCCCCCCUAUUCCAGAGAGAUUUACCGCGACAGUUGCUUCCUUGUCUGCCAGCGCGAGGAUCUGCAUGUGCUGCUGGACGAACUUCUCCCAGUAUCCCCGUAGGUUGCUGAGCCUGCUGCUGGUGACGGUUGUGGUUCGCUGCGCCUUUCCCAGCUUAGUGAAGUUGUCCACUGCUCGGCUGAUGAGACCCCUGGAGGCGGAUUGAGCUGCGUACAGCUCCUUCAGGGACAGAUCCUUGGAGGCCAUGUCGGUUGAUCGACUCCGUGUAGCGUGUUGGAGGGUGUCGCUGCUUCACUGAAGCCCAGGCACCUUUGCUGGCAAAUUUGUGCGUCCCGGUAUAAUCCGGUAAAGGGUGUCGCUGCUUUUGAAGCCCAGGCACCGUGUUUUAAGCACAAACUGCACUCCCGAUCACUAUAUCCGGCUCGAAGGACCACUUUUACUGUUUGCGAAUUUAUAGCUGGCUUUCGCCGCACUAUUAUGCCGCUAGUGAAUCGGGUUUUAAAAUAAAUGCGCUUCACUUUGACUAGGAGAUAGUUUAUUUUUUACAAGAGCCGCUUACCGCGGAGGUUGGUGAUUACAAGUCACUGUUCGCGCAACUCGUUUAAACGUUGAAAGAUACUGUGCUCGCUCGCCAAGGAUUGUUACUUUAAUUGUUCUAAUCGCCUUUGUUGUUCCGGCUCCUUUAUAGAUUCCGGCAGGCACACGGAUUUGUUUCACGGAGCUCCCGAGCGCCAAUUAGGGGGCUCCGUGACCUUUUUAUUGCCUUAUUUGGUAAUAUGUUUCGCGACUUGUCUAUGUGUGAGUGCCUGACGCUCUUCCGUGCCGGGCCGGAGAGUGGGGCGCGGAGGCCGGGGUCAGGCCCUUUUUUCGUCUCCGCGUUCGACAGUUUUUUGCGAUUCUUUUCUUUUUGUCCGGUUUAGCGCGAGAUUGUUCUAGAACGGCUUUUAUUUUCUGCGAUUGUUAGAAUGUAUUUCCUUUCAUUACAAUAAAUGUUUAAUUUAAUUAUUAAUAAUUUGUUGG